CUUACGGGCGUGUCUCGUUGCCCGACCUGUCCCCAAUUUCCACCGUAUGUCUCCCUCUCUCUCACACAGCCACUUGUGGAGUGCGUGCAGCAACGGAGUCAGCAGUAUGUGGGGAAAGAAUUUUGCUCAUUUGAUGAUGGAUCAUCAGCCUUCCAUCCUGCUCUGUGCUUCACAUAUCCAGUAUUAAGUUUUGCUUCCGCAUGUGCGUUUUCGCAAAACAAUCUUCUCUCUCUCUCUCCCAUUUGGUCUCGCUAUGUGCGAGAGAGAGAAGAGAGUGGUCGGAUGGUGUGCAGAAAACGAAGGGCGCCACCAUCUGGGAUCACCCGCGAAAUGCUCCACUGGUCGCCAACGUGCUUUCAGCGAGGUGCUCGAGUAGUUUGUCUCAAGUGGCCGGUUCAGGUGGAUGGGAGAGACGAGCAUUCAAGCGUGUACUUUCCCAAAAGGAUGCCAUUCUGUACCAAAUCGCGUGAAUUUCUCACAGCUUAACUUUCAAGAGUUAAUCAAAUCCUUGCACUUUUGUCUCAAGUUUAAAGCGUGAGAAGGAUGAGAAGUGAUUAAAGAGAUUUGGAGAUUGUGAUUGAGAUGUGUUUAAAAAAAUAAAAUUGUGCUCUCGAAUUGAUAAUUCGUAAAGACGAACAGGUGGUUUCAAGGGGUGGUUUUGUAUGUUCUGUAAAUCACAGAAUAGAAGAAUCUGAAAUAUUUAUUGAAAAUAAUAAAGUGAAUCGAACUUUAGAAUAAAUUUAAAAAGAUUGUAAAAAUUCAACGAAGUUUGUAAGAAAAAAAUUUCUAAAGUGAGAGAAAGGAUCGCAAAGGAUCAUGGCAAUAGAUGUCCAAGAUCUUAAAAAAUCUAUCAAUUUCUAAAGAAAGUGAAUUUAAGAUCAUCAUUCUAAAGGACAAAACAAAUCAGAUCUUAUCAAUUUGAUUUUGUUUAAAAAAAUAAUAAAAAUUGACUUAAUAAAAAUAUUUUUAAAAGAGUUAUCUCAAAGGAAAUUUCUUGAAAGGGAAAAUUGAUCAGUAACAAAAUUUUUGAGAAAGAAUUUUCUUUGAUAUUAAAUUACUGAAAUUAAGAACAAAAAAAAACAUUUAAAGCAUCUAGAAUUGACAGAAGAACUAACACUAAAAAUAACUAAACAAUAAUAGUUGAUCAACAAAGUUCUAUAAGGACAUUAGUAGAGUAUAUGUAUAUGUGUCUCUCUAAUAAACCAAAAACAAACACAACGAUUUAAUUUAAAUUUAAUAAAAUAUUUAAAUAAAAAAUAACUAAAACGUGGACUAUGCUUAAUAAACUAUUGUGUGAAUUAUUUAAAUAAAAAAAUUCUUCAAGUGUAGUGAUUAAAGAUAAACAAUUUUUUAAAUAAAAUUAUUCAAGAACUAAAUUCUAAAACAAAGUGGAGUGCAUUUAAGAACUAAUUUAAGAAUUAGAAAAUCAAUCAGCUACAAAAAGUUCUAUUCAAAUUAUUUAUAGAACAUUUUUGAUAAAAUUGACACUCUUCAGAAGUUUCCUUUGCAAGAGAUUGCAAUUUACGAUAUCCCAAAUUGAUCGCGACGUGGCUGAAAGGCACUAAAUAAAAAUAAAAGUUGAAAAAAACCCGUGGAGGUUUACGCCUGGAACAUCCUCCAAAAGGUCGCACACGGCAGAAGAUUGCGCGUCACAAGGAGAGGAUAGGAGAGUCAAAGAACGCAUAAAACAUAUAAAAUUCGCAGUUCCCAGACUUGUCUAUCGUCAUCAUCUCCUUGCCCUUUUUUCUGCCCCCCUAUAGAUGCUGCAUCGAUGAGACCAAUUGGCAGAUAAUUGUGCCGGCGCGAUCGUCGCGAAAUGAUCCUCGGAAAUUGCUGCUGAUCAUCUGAGUUUGCCCCAAAACCUGCAAUCAACAAACCAAUCCGCCAAAAAUUCUUGCGCUCAUCUCUCGCUGGCGGGAAGUCAGUGAUUUUCGCGGAGAGGACUGCUCUAUAAAGUGUGAGAAGCAUAGGAAGUGCAAUGGAUCGUGAUAGGAUCUAUUUUACACUGCGUGGGGUGAAUUGAGGCGGAAGUGACGUUGUGUGAUUUCUGUGUGUGUGACUUUUGAACUACUUGAAAACUUUGCAUUUUUAAGUAAAAAAAAAUGGAUCAUCCCGGUAGUGGGUUUGCUACGUCGCCGUGGGCUGCAAUGCUGGGGCAUCAUGCUAUGGGUCCAGGAGCAGAACAUCCCGGAUUUCCACAUGCAGCUGCACAUCAUGGGCACCAUGGGAUGCCAAUGGAUCUACACGUCCCCCAAGGAUUCCCAUACUACAGAUAUCGGGAUGAUGCUCUAUGCUGGACAGACAGGAAACCCUCGAUGGACGACGUGGGCAAUCCAACAUCGGUCAAUGCUCGUAUUCUGGAACUGAGGAAGGAAAAAUCUCGUGACGCCGCAAGAUCCCGCCGUGGCAAGGAGAACUUUGAAUUCUAUGAAUUAGCCAAAAUGCUACCACUUCCAGCAGCCAUCACCAGUCAACUGGAUAAGGCAUCAAUCAUAAGACUGACUAUUAGUUACCUGAAAUUGAGAGACUUUUCGGGCACCGGUGAUCCACCAUGGAGCCGGGAACAGUCAACGAGCAGUAAAGUUCUCAAAGGUGCUUCCUCGAGGCGAACACCAGCAGGAUUAGCUUUAGAUUUAUUUGAGCAACACCAAGGGACUCACAUUCUGCAGUCACUGGAUGGUUUUGCAUUAGCUGUAGCUGCCGACGGUAGAUUUUUGUACAUUUCGGAAACAGUUUCGAUAUACUUAGGAUUAUCACAGGUGGAAAUGACAGGAAGCAGUAUAUUCGACUACAUCCACCACAGUGACCAUGCGGAAGUGGCUGAGCAGUUUGGACUGAGUCUCGCAUCCGCCGGACAGGGUGGUCUCGCGUCUCCGGCUUCGGGUGCUUCAGACGAAGGCAGUGGCUCACAAGGUACCAAUAAUCCUGAUGUGGCCGCCUCAAUGACAUUCAACUCAAGUAGUCCCUUCAAAGGAUACGAAAGAGCUUUCUGUGUGCGAAUGAAGUCAACACUAACGAAGCGAGGAUGUCAUUUCAAGUCAUCAGGAUAUAGGGUUGUCCUUAUGCUGUGUCGCCUGAGAGCUCAGUACACGUUCUCACAUACAAGAAAGUCCCAACCACCACUCCUAGGUAUGGUUGCCCUAGCUAUUGCCCUCCCUCCACCUUCAGUACAUGAGAUUCGCCUGGAAUCCGAUAUGUUUGUCACGAGGAUUAAUUUUGACUUUCGAAUAGCACACUGUGAACCAAAAGUUUCUGACCUACUGGACUAUACGGCAGAAGAACUAACUGGGAAGAAUCUCUACGCACUAUGCCAUGCAGAAGAUGGCAAUAAGCUAAGGAAGUGCCACAUUGACUUAAUCAAUAAAGGCCAAGUUCUUACACACUACUGGCGCUUCAUGAAUAAAAAUGGAGGCUUCACGUGGGUACAGACUUGCGCAACAGUUGUCUGCAACUCCAAGAAUGCCGAUGAGCAGAACAUCAUCUGCGUUAACUACGUGAUCAGCAAUAAGGAGUACGCUAACAUGAUCCUAGAUUGUUGUCAACUUGAAAAUGGUUUGGAGACGAUAAAACGUGAGGAUCCUGCAACAGACAAUGGAGCCAGAUCCCCAGGAGGUGAUCCAUCGAAUGACGGCAAACCAGGACCAUCGGCCAAUAGACCGACAGACCCACAGAAGUCUCCAAAACCCGAAACUCCUGAGCCACGAAAUCGAGCACGAAGUCAUGCCAAUACGGGAGCUGGAACAGCAGCAGCCCCACCAACUAAUACAACCACAUCGAAUGUAGCAAUAGACAAGGGAGAUCCUGCUUUGGGGACUCCGUCGGAGGAUACAACGACACCACUUCUCAGUGUUCCAGCACCACGAAGGGGUCAAAAGCGAAAACAUCGAACGGAAGAGGUGGAGAGUCUCCCAACGGAUCCAGCUCCAACAAAUACGGUGCUUCCAAUUGCAAAUCCCGCCGAUGGGCAUAGGCACACUGAGGAGCACAGCGAAAGCUCGGUGAAGAAUCUGGAGAAUGCUAUGUCGAAGCACCUGCCCACGCAAUCAACAACGGACUUCAGUACGGAUGCCCUGCUGAAGCAGCAACAGCAGCAGCAGGACAAGGGGAGUACAAUUCAGUGGAUUGGCCAUCACAAUCAUCAUUUCCACCAGCAAACCUCACCAAUGCCCGCCACAGCCCUCCUGCGGCAACUCUAUGCUAACCGUGAGAGUGUCAUUCGUGCCACUACACGCCCAGCGCCUUCGGGCGUCUUCUACACAGAUUCCUACAUUUCAGACGCUGCCCAGACAGGUCCCCUCCCAACGCCACCUGGAAGUGAAUCCUCCUUUGACAACCAAUUCCUCCUGCAUGGGCACACUGGCCAGAAGCCCGGGGAUGCCUUCAGCAAUCUCGUCUCCAGCUACGGAGGGUACCCUGCUUCAAUGGACUACCACAACGCCAUGACGCCACCAUCCUCCGUCUCGCCGCGAGACUCCAAUUCAGCCGCCAACAAAGCACCCCCAAUUCAUCCAGCUUCAACGGGCUUCGACUACGGUGAAGCUCUGCGGAGUCAGUACUCCGCAACAGACCCAGCUGCAGCCCCUCCCCUCCCACUCAAACCCCAACCCUAUUCAGCCGCAGCUGCAAUGCAUCAUGCCGCCGCGGCUAAUUCCAUCGAGGCGUACGGCUCUCUGGAUCAAUCGCAAUACUUCCCGCAUCACACUGGCUUCCAUUUGUACCACAAAGGCGCCCCCACGGCUGGUUGGUACUCCACCCCAUCGUAGAAUCCACCACGGCGCUCCUUCCUCGAUCUCUAGGCAGGAUAGGCGUGUGUACAAAAUGGCGGGAAAAGAGAUUUUUUUCCUCACAAAAAAAAUACUCAAAAACUUCCCUUUUUGUAAAUAAAUUUGAUCGCGCAACAUGAGGACAAGAAAAUGAUGAAUAAAAAGCAAAGAAAAAAAGCUCUCUGUGUGCCAACAAAAGUCCCCGUUGCGAUCCUCCAAAUGAAAAACGAAUUAUGGUGCUAUGCAGGAAAAGAAUGUCAAGAAAACAUGAUCAUGACAUUUUUUCCUGACAUUUUUUUGUCGUUCUAUCUCACUCCCACUAAUAUAUUUUCCUAUCUUUCGUCUUUCUCCCACGCAUGUUUCCGACAUCUUUUUUUUUCAUGGCAUGCUUUUUUUCUUGCGCACAUGUUUUUAUUUCCUUGAAUUUUCUCAACAUUUGGGGAUAUUUUCCUCAAAGAAAAGUGGAAAAUGCUCAGCU